ACCUUUCUUCCGCGACUUCGAUUAAGUUGCGCGGCGGGGACUAUUUAGGCCACCGCGCACCGCUCUCCACGGGUACAGCAGUUUGCCUGGAGCAGCGAAGGCGCGCGUGAGGGUUCUGUUUGCUCCUUCCUUUGUCGUGAACAGCAUGGACGUGCUUGCGGAGGAGUUUGGGAACUUGACCCCGGAGCAGCUGGCCGCGCCGAUCCCGACUGUAGAGGAAAAAUGGCGGCUGCUUCCAGCAUUUUUAAAGGUGAAAGGCCUUGUGAAACAGCAUAUAGAUUCAUUUAACUAUUUCAUUAAUGUAGAGAUAAAGAAAAUAAUGAAAGCCAACGAAAAGGUUACGAGUGAUGCUGACCCCAUGUGGUACUUAAAAUAUCUUAAUAUCUAUGUCGGGCUUCCUGAUGUUGAAGAAAGCUUCAAUGUAACUAGACCAGUGUCCCCUCAUGAGUGCCGGUUGCGGGACAUGACGUACUCCGCCCCCAUCACAGUGGAUAUUGAAUACACCCGAGGCAGCCAGAGGAUCAUCCGCAACGCCUUACCCAUUGGCAGAAUGCCCAUAAUGCUACGUAGUUCAAACUGUGUUCUUACAGGAAAAACACCUGCAGAAUUUGCCAAACUGAAUGAAUGUCCUUUAGAUCCAGGGGGCUACUUCAUUGUUAAAGGAGUAGAAAAAGUUAUUCUUAUCCAAGAGCAGCUGUCUAAGAACAGGAUCAUCGUGGAGGCUGACAGAAAAGGGGCUGUAGGUGCUUCAGUUACCAGCUCUACCCAUGAGAAAAAAAGCAGAACUAAUAUGGCUGUGAAACAAGGACGAUUUUACUUGAGGCAUAAUACUUUGUCAGAAGAUAUACCCAUUGUCAUCAUAUUUAAGGCCAUGGGUGUUGAGAGUGACCAGGAAAUUGUGCAGAUGAUUGGAACAGAGGAGCACGUGAUGGCUGCAUUUGGGCCCAGUUUGGAAGAGUGCCAGAAAGCUCAGAUUUUCACACAGAUGCAGGCUUUAAAAUAUAUAGGGAACAAAGUAAGAAGGCAAAGGAUGUGGGGAGGUGGACCAAAGAAAACCAAAAUAGAAGAAGCAAGAGAGCUCCUGGCUUCUACCAUUCUGACCCAUGUACCAGUUAAAGAAUUCAAUUUCCGAGCCAAAUGUAUCUAUACCGCAGUGAUGGUGCGAAGAGUAAUUCUGGCCCAAGGAGAUAAUAAAGUUGACGACAGAGAUUAUUAUGGUAACAAGCGAUUGGAGUUGGCAGGACAGCUUUUAUCUCUUCUUUUUGAAGAUUUGUUCAAAAAAUUUAAUUCUGAAAUGAAGAAGAUUGCAGACCAGGUGAUUCCUAAGCAAAGAGCAGCCCAGUUUGAUGUUGUGAAACACAUGCGUCAGGACCAGAUUACCAAUGGCAUGGUGAAUGCCAUUUCAACCGGAAAUUGGUCUCUGAAGAGAUUUAAAAUGGAUCGCCAGGGUGUGACUCAGGUGCUGUCUCGCUUGUCAUAUAUAUCCGCACUGGGCAUGAUGACAAGAAUCUCUUCCCAGUUUGAAAAAACAAGAAAAGUGAGUGGUCCUCGAUCGCUCCAGCCAUCUCAGUGGGGAAUGCUCUGCCCUUCGGACACUCCUGAAGGAGAGGCAUGUGGUUUGGUUAAAAACUUGGCCCUUAUGACGCACAUCACAACUGACAUGGAAGAUGGACCCAUUGUUAAAUUAGCCAGUAACUUGGGAGUAGAAGAUGUGAAUUUAUUAUGUGGGGAAGAGCUGUCUUACCCAAAUGUGUUUCUUGUCUUUCUUAAUGGUAACAUCCUGGGCGUCAUUCGAGACCACAAGAAGCUGGUGAAUACAUUUCGACUGAUGCGAAGAGCAGGAUAUAUCAAUGAAUUUGUUUCCAUCUCAACGAAUCUGACAGAUCGGUGUGUCUAUAUUUCCUCUGAUGGAGGAAGGCUGUGCAGACCCUAUAUAAUUGUUAAGAAACAGAAGGCUGCAGUCACAAAUAAGCAUAUGGAAGAGCUGGCUCAGGGGUACAGGAAUUUUGAAGAUUUCUUGCAUGAGAGUCUGGUUGAAUAUUUAGAUGUGAAUGAAGAAAAUGACUGUAACAUUGCACUCUAUGAACAUACGAUUAAUAAAGAUACCACCCACUUGGAGAUUGAACCCUUCACUCUUCUUGGCGUUUGUGCUGGCCUGAUCCCAUACCCUCAUCACAACCAGUCCCCAAGAAACACAUAUCAGUGUGCCAUGGGGAAGCAAGCCAUGGGUACCAUUGGAUACAACCAGCGGAACAGAAUUGAUACUCUCAUGUAUCUCCUGGCAUAUCCACAAAAACCCAUGGUUAAAACAAAGACUAUUGAGUUGAUAGAAUUUGAGAAACUGCCAGCUGGACAGAAUGCGACAGUUGCUGUGAUGAGUUAUAGUGGCUAUGAUAUAGAAGAUGCUCUUGUUUUAAACAAGGCUUCCUUGGACAGAGGCUUUGGGCGUUGCCUUGUAUAUAAAAAUGCUAAAUGUACUUUGAAACGAUAUACCAAUCAGACUUUUGAUAAAGUGAUGGGGCCGAUGUUGGAUGCUGCUACAAGGAAACCCAUCUGGCGACAUGAAAUUUUAGAUGCAGAUGGUAUUUGUUCUCCAGGUGAGAAAGUAGAAAACAAGCAAGUGCUUGUAAAUAAGUCCAUGCCCACAGUGACUCAGAUUCCCUUGGAAGGAAGUAAUGUGCCCCAGCAGCCGCAGUACAAAGAUGUGCCCAUCACCUACAAAGGGGCAACGGAUUCAUAUAUUGAAAAAGUGAUGAUAUCUUCGAAUGCUGAAGAUGCUUUUCUGAUCAAAAUGCUGCUGAGACAGACAAGGCGUCCAGAAAUUGGAGACAAAUUCAGCAGUCGUCAUGGGCAAAAAGGACGUAGGUGCUAUUAUGAUCUGCAUUCUAUAGAUGAGGAAGCAGAGGCACAGAAAGGUGUUUGUGGCUUGAUCGUCCCUCAGGAAGACAUGCCAUUUUGUGAUUCUGGCAUCUGUCCGGACAUCAUAAUGAACCCCCAUGGCUUCCCAUCUCGAAUGACGGUGGGAAAGUUAAUAGAGCUGUUGGCGGGCAAGGCCGGCGUGUUAGACGGCAGAUUCCACUACGGCACUGCGUUUGGAGGCAGUAAAGUGAAGGAUGUGUGUGAGGACCUCGUUCGCCACGGUUAUAACUACUUGGGGAAAGACUAUGUUACCUCUGGCAUCACAGGUGAACCCUUGGAAGCAUACAUCUAUUUUGGCCCCGUGUACUAUCAGAAACUGAAACACAUGGUGCUCGAUAAGAUGCAUGCCCGGGCACGGGGACCACGAGCUGUCCUUACCAGGCAGCCUACUGAAGGUCGAUCUCGUGAUGGUGGUUUGCGUCUUGGAGAAAUGGAACGUGACUGUUUAAUCGGUUAUGGAGCAAGUAUGCUUUUACUAGAGAGACUGAUGAUUUCAAGUGAUGCCUUUGAGGUUGAUGUCUGUGGGCAGUGCGGACUUCUUGGGUACUCCGGCUGGUGCCAUUUCUGCAAGUCGUCCUGCCACGUGUCCUCCCUGCGCAUCCCGUACGCCUGCAAGCUGCUCUUCCAGGAGCUGCAGUCGAUGAACAUUAUCCCCAGGUUGAAACUGUCCAAGUACAAUGAGUAAGGAUGGAAAAAACGGUUAUUUAAAGAGAAUAGUGGGUAUGUUAAACACAGUGGAAAGCGGAAGGGUGGAAGGCAUGAGGACCACUUCUGCUCCCGGGAAUAAUUCCUUUGAAUGUUCUCUUUCUCUGCAAAAACAAACAAACAACAACAACAAAAACCCCACGAAAUUGUUGGAGAGGCUUUUUAUACGUUAGGAGACUGGCUGAACAACCUCGAUCAACAAGCCACGGGCCACGGAGGAGGUGCCAACAACGUGGACUGUAACAAAGUCUCUCAUCCGUGUACCGAAUGUGAUUCACAAGUGGACAUGACCUAAAAGAUAAAUAAACUUUUAUGUAUGUUCUGGUAUCUUGAAAUUUACUCAUUAGAAAGACCUUCCUCCUUAAAAAAAAAAAUAUUUGGGGUUAAAUAAAACUCAGAUUCUUAUGAAGCGGGAAGGACGUGAAGAAUCUUUUUGAGUUGGUUGACUCGGCCUUUGUCCAGGAGGCUGAUCUGAGCAGUAUCUGAAGGAAAGACGACUGCGGGAAGCUGGGAAAGCGAAUGGUAAGAGGGUUGCAGUUCUUGUGCGGUGAGGAGAUAAAUUUUCCCAACAAAUGAAUCUUGUCUGUAUAUACCCAGCUUUUAAAUUCUAACCUUGGUAAAGAUAAUAAAUGUCUUCCUACCAUCUUAA